AUGGAACGACUUGUUAAGGACACCGAAGUGUACAUGAAGAUUGAAGAACAACUAAUUCUUUACAAGGAAAAGAAAGGACUAUUUAGUUAUAGAGUUUUAUGGUGGGACGAAUAUGGAUAUGAUACCCCUGAACUCAAGGCCUUUGCAAUGAAGAUUUUGGGUCUUACGUGUUCGGCUUCAGCUUGUGAACGUAACUGGAGUACGUUCAAUCAGGUUCAUACAAAGAGAAGAAAACGGUUGACCACCGAGAGGAUGGAUGAUUUGGUGUUCAUCAUGUACAAUAGAAAGCUGAAGCAAAAAUUUGUAAAAAGGUCUAAUUUAAAAGAAGAUGAAGAUCCUUUACAUGUUGAAAAGGUCAUGUCUGAUGAUGAGUGGAUAGCCGACCCAAGAGAUGAUGAUGAUGAUGAUGAUGAUGAAGAUGCAAUUGAAGAUGAUGCGGCAAAUGUGGUGGAAAGUGACGAGGUCAUUAGAACAACAAGAGGUAGCGGGGCAACUAAAACACGUAGAGGUGGUGGGAUAAUUGAGCGAGGCGUUGGAAGUUCCUCAUCUAAGAAAACGAAAGCCCUUCAUUUGAUUAACGAGGAUGACGAUGAUGAGGAUUGGGUUGAGGAAGAUUGUGAAGAUGAUGAAGAUGAUGUUUGUUAUGCUAUUUGA